AUGUCUCAAACCCAAGUCACCACCGUUGUUGACGACCAGUCGCCCGAAAUUCUCUAUAACGGCCAGUGGAACGACGUCUUAAAUGACUCGGCAGCGUUCGACAACAGUCUCAGCCAGGCCGUCGAGCCUGGCGCGACGUUCGACUUCCAGUUUCAGGGUACCGCCAUCUACGUGUAUGGUGCAAUCCAGAGCGGGACCACCGCCGUCGCCGCAAACUACUCCCUGGAUGGAUCAACCCCGCAAACGGGCGUAUCUUUCGACACCUCGAGUCAGGACGCCAAUCAGGUCAUGUUCUACAGCGAAGGCGGGCUGCAUAGCGUCAACCACACCCUCCACGUAGAAGUCAUCUUCGCCAACAGCACAAACCCGUAUUACCUCGACUACAUCGCGUUCGUCCCCAUGUCCACAGCCUCCAGCAGCGCCGCCACCUAUACCACCCUGCCCCAGCCCACCUCCUCCCUACGCGUCAUCGUCCAAACGACGUCGAGCACGCCCGUCGGUGCGAUCGUCGGCGGCGUCGUCGGCGGCGUAGCGGGGCUGCUCAUCCUCGCGCUCGCCGCCUUCUUCUUCUUCUUCCGUCGCAGCGGCCGGCGGCCGUACUUUUACAAGUCCGCCAACUCAGGGGAGAUACUUGACCAGGAGGUCAAGCCCUUCGACGCGUACCCGCCCCCCACCACCGUCACCCUAACUUCCUCGGGCGCCCAGUCCGCCCCCACCUCGGCACCACCUGGCCUGGGCAGCGUCGACGACGGUUCGCACUACUCGUCGGGCUCUGGCUCUGGGAGCGCCCCGCGCGUGCUUAGCCUCGCGUCGGGCUCCGAAGGCGCCUCCUCCUCCACACACGCGUUCUCGAGCCCGAACCAGCCGCGCAGCAAGGCCGCGGAGGCGGGUCUGCUCUCCGUCGCGCGGCCCGCGACGUACCACGCGGACUCGGGCGUGCGCUUCGGGUCGGCGGGGCAGGGCUCUUCAUCGACAUCCUCUGCUGCCGUGCACGCCAUACCCGAGGCAGACGUCCCGGCGGACGUCCCGCCGAUGUAUUCGGAAAACUAG